AUGCCACAUGAUCGAGCGUGUUCAUGUCUUGAGUGCGAAACUAUUCGUGCUGAAGAUUCACUCAUACUGGAGCAACAGCGUCUGCAUACCUAUCAGGCUUUAUCAAGUUCAGCUUAUUUGGCUUUGACUACAUCUGAUCCAGUGGCAACUGCAUUCAUUUUAAGGAAUGAACUUUAUCAACUAGCAUCCCAGGAGAAACAAUUUAAAGAAGAAUAUUCUGAGUUGGCUGUCAAAUGUAUGGAUUUCGCAAUUAGCUGUGUUGACCUGUGUCGAACAUCGGAUGAACUGCAUUGUCUCCUAGGUGGAACAUUAAAUACAAAGUCACACGAACGAGGAAAUCCUGUGAAUACAAUCAAGAAUGCUAUUCAAUCACAUGAAAAGAAAUUUGUCGCUCAUCCAAAUUGUCAACAUCAAAUGGAAAAUCUGUUUUAUAGUUUAAUGUUUUGCAUUCGAGAUUUUGAAGGAUUGCAAAGGCUACAGUUUGUGAUUAUUUUUCUUUCAUUGCUGCCAUUUUUGUACAUUAUUUAUCUUUUCUUUCCACAUUUCAAGAUGCCACUCCCACAGAGUUUAAUAUAUCGUGAUCGAAGCGUUACAAAAUAUGAGGUAACGGAAAUACUACGGUGUCCUGUGACCAAAUUCCUCGGUCAUAUGGUUUCAUAUAUGACUUUUUUAAUUCUAAUUACUGUGGCAACUUUUCGUCUGGACCGGACAGGAGUCAGUGAUGAGAAUGACAACUGGCACGUUAGGUACACUGAGAUUUUGAGUUAUGACUUUCGGACAUCAAACGUGGUUAUGACAAAAAUCCAAAUAAUACUAUUAUUUUGGAUAUUAGGUCAACUUUGUAUGGAAUGUAAACAAGUUUAUCACUAUGGUCUACGCUACUUUUUUCGUAGUUAUUACAAUUUUAUGGACUGGGUUUCUAUUGCCUUGUAUUUGGCUUCAUACUCGCUAAGAAUUAUUGUAGAUUUCAAAGUUCAAGCAUCUAUGGGAAGAUAUGAAGCUCAGCUUAAAUUGGCUCAGUCAAUUUUAUUAAAUGCCACCUGUUCAGCCUCAAAAUCUUGUUCGAAUACUGAAACUACUCAUCAGGAUUAUGUGAAUUACAGAAAUAAAAUACUGAUUCCUGAAUCUGCUUAUUGGCUAAGAGGUUGUCGAUUAUGGUGGGCCCCGGAUGAUCCUGAAUACAUUUCAGACUGCCUGUUUGCCCUAGGUAAUGUUCUAUCUUUUUCAAGAAUUAGUUAUCUGAUGCCUGCAUGGGAACUUCUUGGGCCACUUCAAAUAUCUUUAGCUCGUAUGGUGUCGGAUAUUAUAAGAUUUAUGGCACUCUUUACCGUGAUGGUAAUUGCAUUCGUCGUUGGUCUAACCAAUCUGUACUGGUACUUUGCCAACAUUAUUAUAUCUGUUGAUGCUCAUGGACAACUAAUUCGCUAUGCAAGUGGAAUACCAUCCUUUAAAAGCACGGGUGCAACCUUUCACACAUUGUACUGGGCAUUAUUUGGACAGUCGUCAACUAAUGUAACAACUAUUGAUGAAAAUUUAGCCAGUAUGUAUCCCGGACAUGAACAUUUGGCAGUGGAUAGCAGCCCGUACAUAGUCAACAGUCUUGGCAGUAUUUUAUACGCAAUUUAUAACGCUUGCAUGAUUAUAAUCUUAUUGAACAUGUUGAUUGCGAUGAUGAGCAAAUCGUUUGAUGAGAUACAGGGUGACAGGCUAGAAGAAUGGAAAUUUGCAAGGGCCAGUUUAUGGUUAGUUUAUAUUGAUCAAGAAGGUGUACUUCCGGUCCCACUUAAUUUACUACCCUCACGUGAAGCUUUGUCAUCAUUUAUCUCACGCCUCUGUGGAAUCAUACAAUGGAAGAAACCACAAAUAUACGCGAAGAAUCAUUGUGAUUUACACAAAAAUCAAAACAUAAUAUUUAGUCAAACCACUCCAACAAAAGUACAUUCGGUGAAUUCACAUUUAAGUCAGGACAUUCGAAAAACCCAUACAACAACAACUGUGAGUACUCUGUUGGACGCUAAUUCGAUACAUUCAAAUGACUGGACCUCUGAUGCAUCCGAAAGUGAAAAUGAAAUAGAAAAAGCUUUUAGUGACUACAAGCUCUAUACUGACACUAUACGAGCAGACGUCAUGCGUCGAUAUUUGUUUAAACUUCAGAAACAAAAAGAAGAAGAAUUCAAGUCCGGGGAUUUCUCUGUCAUGAGCAUACAACGACAACAAAUGCAAAAAAUGAUGGAAAGUGAAUCAAAGCGUAAGCAAGAAAUGUAUCGUGAUCAGUCAGUGAGGAAGGAAAGCACAAACAAGAGUGACGAAGAAAUUAGUGAAACCACUCCAAAUCCUGUAGCAGAAGAUGAAAAUCGACUUAGGGGUCUACGCAGCCUCUUAAUGCCACCGUCUGUUCGAAGAAAACUAGAAGCAGUUGCAUCAGUCAAUCAUUCAGGAAAUGAAUCAGAAAAACGAGAGGCAGCAGAAGCAGCUGCACGAUUUUAUUUACUUCAAACAACUAGAAAAACUAAAGGAUCAGAUGAUAUCAAGGCGAACGAAGGAAGCUCUAAGAAUCGUAAUUCAUAUAGUAAUCAAGCAAAAGUUGAACAAUUCACAGCGCGUACUGAAAGACCAAUUAAAGGCAUACACUUAAGAGAAUUAUAUGGAGUUGAACAAGAAAUGCACGAUAUGUCAGAAGCGCUUUCAUCUUAUUCUCUGUCGGAAGCAACUAUUUCAGAGCUUAAUGAUUUAGAAACGUACUAA